CGAGGCGAGGAGGCCGCAGGGCCUGGGCGAGGCCUGGGCAUGGCCCGGCACGUGUUCCUCACCGGACCCCCAGGAGUCGGGAAGACGACGCUGGUCCGGAAAGCCGUCGGAGCUCUGGAGGCGGCGGGGGUGCCAGCGGACGGGUUCUACACGGAGGAAGUGCGCCAAGCCGGGAGGAGGGUCGGUUUUGAUGUGGUCACUCUGUCGGGACUGCGUGGGCCCUUGUCCAGAGUCGGGUCGGACCCCGGCCCCGGAAGCCGGGCCCCCCGGGUCGGGCAGUAUGUAGUGGACGUGGCUUCGUUGGAGCGACUGGCUCUUCCCAUGCUGAGCCCUGUGGACGCCGGUGACGGCGGCGGCACCGCGGGGAAGAGGGUGUGCGUCAUCGACGAGGUCGGCAAGAUGGAGCUGUGCAGCGAGGCCUUCGUCCGGAGCGUCCGCCGCGUCCUGGCGGCCCCGCGGCUCGUGGUCCUCGGCUCCAUCCCGCUGCCCAAGGGCCGGCCGCUGGGGCUCGUGGAGGAGAUCCGCGCCCGCCGGGACGUGGCGCUUUUCGUGGUCACCAGGGAGAACCGAGACCGGAUUUUGGACGACAUCGUGGCGGCCGUGCAGGGCUGCAGGGACUGACGUCGCCCUGCUCCCAGAGCUCCCGCCCGGGUGACGUCCGGGGAGAGGAGGGUGGGUGGGCGCCUCCCGCCAAAGGCCGAGCCGUGCCGACCAGGAUGUCGGCUCUGCUGCCCGCUGGCGGGGCCCACGCAGAGGGAGGGUUGGGUCGGAGCAUCCCACUGGAGGCGGGCAGGGAUCUGGGGAGAUGGCACCUUGGUGGGAAUCGGAAGGACCGGUGGGGUGCGCCGGGAAAUCCUUCUGAUCCCGGCAGCGGCCGGGAGGGUUGGCAAGGCUACCCUGGCCCUCGCCGCGGGUCUGGUUUCUCCACCCGCCCCCUUAUCCGUCUGCCACUUACGGGCUGUCGCAAUAAACACGGGAACUCGCGC